CGACCUGGCUGGACGGCCACAGCCUCUCGGCACUGCUGUCGCGCUAGAUUAGAGACCUAUCUUCUGCUGAAAGCCAGCACCUGGCACGGUCCACUCGCAAGUCCGAAUGUCCAAGGGUGCUCGUCUCCGCUCUCCACGACCGGAGCAGCCGGUCCAGAAGACCGUGAUGACGCCUCAUACGAAAGAAGCCAGCUACUCAUCGCUCACCAGAUCCCACCCCAGAUCUUUCGCCUCGGGCGAUGGGAGUGAAAGAUCUGACACGGCAGACCACAGUGGCGACUCUUCGGACAGAAGCCUGAAACACAAAGCCGUGCGCAACUCACCACUCCCACGCAGGAGAGCUUGCCGGCCCAAGGUCCGGACGGGUUGCGUCACAUGUAAAUCCCGUCAUGUCAAGUGCGACGAAGGAAAGCCGACGUGCGAGCAGUGUGCUCGACUAAGUCUCAAGUGUGGGGGCUACCCUCCGCCAAAGGUGAAAAAGGCGAUAUCUCGAGCCGAGAGGUUACUUUUGCCGCGUCCAAAAGAAGCCAGCCUCGCGCCCGCUCGGACCAGAUCACCAUUGGCUGUCGCCAUACGACCAGCAGUGGAACCAGCUCCUGCUCCGAUGCCGUCAAGCGCAAACAUUUUCGAUAGCGACAACGACACUUGGUAUUUUGCCUUGUUCCGGGACCAGGUCAUCCCUGAGCUCUCCCCCUACCACGGGACUCGCUUCUGGCACCAGAUUCUCCACCGCGACAGCACCAUACAUCAGUGCAUCCGCCACUGCAUCCUUAGCAUAGGAGCAUACGCGCGCGCCAUCCUAGAGCUACGACAGGAAAAGCCCUGGGAGAAACAUGCCUCGCACCCUUGGCGGUCUCCGUCACCCUACUGUCCGCAUUUUCGGGCUUCACUCGAGCACAACACCAAGGCCUUGCACAGUCUCAGGUCCCAUCUCCGGCUUCAUGGUGCUGACAAUCGCCUCACGAUGGCAGCAACAUUGCUCUUCAUUGUCUUUCAGAACAUGCAGGGAAAUUUCCACCGGUCCGGUGACCUCAUAAGAACAGGGAUCAAGAUUAUGAAGAACAUGCGUUCAGGACCAAAGUCAUCGCGGAAGGGUCUAGGACGACACCACUGGAACCUUGCAAGGCACAAUGCAGGUGAUGACGAGAGCGAGAUGGCAACCAUGUUCGCUCGUCACAGCAUCAGUUAUGUUUUUGUGCCAUUCCACCACGCCAAAUUCGCAUACCAUCUCUUAAUCACAGACGACUCGGACGAUGAUGAUGAUACUGACUCGGACGGUGGUGAUGGGGAGUCCAGCAAAGCUGGCGUACGCGGCGACCAGGACAUAUUUGACGACUUUGUUGCCCAAUGGCCACAAACCAUCUCGGAAGCUCAGACACGCUGGGACUACCUGUUGCCCGUCCUCGCCAGCUUCCAGAGCAAGACGGUAUGGCACAACCUCAACCCCAGCAUCGAGUCUGACCAUCUAGCGACACUUGAUGAGCAAGCUGGCCUUUUGAGCGAGCUACAUAGUUUCCAGUCUGCGCUCGACUCUCUGGCCACAGCAACGCUGAGCGCUAAUGGGUUCAUGCCGUCGGACGACGCCCGCAAAGUGGAACUGCUCCAGCUGCAGGUCAUGAUGGCGGUCGUGUUUGUCUCCUGUUGUACGGAUCCAACAGAGAUGUCUUAUGACGGCUUUCUUCAGGAAUUCGAAACAGUGCUGUCCAGAGUGGAGGAUCUGACACGCUCCGCACCACAAAACGAUAAACCAACAAAGAUUGGCUUCACAAACGAAGCCGGGGUGCUGCAACUCCUCGCCUUCAUCGGCGCCAAAUGCCGGGUACAAAGAGUUAGGCAUAGGGCAAUGGCGCUUUUGAAGGAGUAUGAGUGGCGAGAAGGCAACUGGGACGGCGUGAGCCUGGCUCUGGGUCUCGAGGGCAUCAUGCAACUGGAGGGGCAAUGGAGCUCAACUGUCGCCACGCGAGAGAGCGUUUCAAGCGCUCAUCUACUGUCAGUCCCACGUUCGGGGCCGUGUGGCACAAUGCGCGGACUCUCGAUAUCCCCAACGCCGGAAGUCUUGUCCACCACACCAAUGGUACCACCACCGCAGUCGAGAUACACUUGGACAAACAUGUUCUGGGAUUUUGACAAGCGCCAUCUCACUUUUGCCUAUUCUCGUGUGAUGCGAGACGAGCUGGGCGAGUUCCAAACUGCAGCGUGGAAAAUGGACGAAUCCCGCAUUAUCAACGAGUGGAGCUAUGCCUCGUCUUCUUGAGCCAAGCUAGCCGUUCUAGAGGUGACAUGAGUGCACAGCCAGUCCCUCACUAUUCUCCCCGACUUCAAAGCCACGAACGAGCCAACAUGAUGAAAAUAUGGUGCACGGCCAGUCUUGCAGAAAGGACAAGGUCUUUAGCACGAGCCGAGGACAGAGAAGAU